AUGAAGGCCCUCAUACUCGUUGGCGGUUUCGGCACUCGACUUCGACCUCUCACGCUCACGCUUCCUAAGCCCCUGGUAGAAUUUUGUAACAAGCCUAUGAUAUUACACCAAAUAGAGGGUCUCGUUAAGGCUGGGGUAAAGGAUAUUGUGUUGGCUGUAAAUUAUCGUCCCGAGAUAAUGGUGGAACUUCUUAAAAACUACGAAGAAAAAUAUAAUGUUAAAAUCACGUUCAGCGUGGAAACCGAACCCUUGGGCACCGCCGGCCCACUCGCACUGGCCAGGGAUAUCCUUGACAAGGAUAAAACUCCGUUCUUUGUGUUGAACAGCGAUAUUAUCUGCGAAUUCCCAUUCGAGCAAUUAAGAGAUUUUCACAAGGCUCAUGGCAACGAGGGUACCAUUGUUGUUACCAAAGUCGAAGAGCCCUCAAAGUAUGGUGUGAUUGUUAAUCAGACAGGUUCAACCUUAAUCGAACGCUUCGUGGAAAAGCCCGUGGAAUUCGUUAGUAACAAGAUCAACGCCGGCAUUUACAUCUUCAAUCCUGAAGUGCUGAAUCGUAUUGAGCUUAAGCCAACCUCCAUAGAGACGCAAGUUUUCCCACGAAUGGCCACUGAAUCUCAGUUACAUUUGUUCGAUCUGGAAGGUUUUUGGAUGGAUGUUGGUCAGCCCAAGGAUUUUCUAACGGGCACCGUCUUGUACCUCGCAAAUCUGUCCAAGAAGCAACCUCAACUUCUGUCCAAUUCCGCCGUCUAUCCUUACGUCUUGGGCAACGUUCUCGUCGACCCUACUGCAAAGAUUGGUAAGGAUUGUAGGAUUGGUCCCAACGUUACGAUUGGACCGAAUGUUGUCAUCGGAGAUGGUGUCAGAUUACAACGAUGUGUCAUUUUGGAGGGCGCUAGGAUCAAGGACUUUGCAUGGGUCAAGAAUAGCAUUAUUGGUUGGCAUUCUACGCUCGGUCGAUGGACUCGUCUUGAAGGUGUCUCGGUGCUCGGCGAUGACGUGUCCAUCAACGACGAAGUGUACGUGAACGGAGUAUAA